AUGCUACCACAGAUCUUCUUCUUGGCUGCCUUAACCGGCUUCGCCCUCGCUAGUCCUCUCAAGAAGCGCGAGGUCCCUGGUUCCUACAGGCUUCACGAGCGCCACUUGCCUCACUGGUCAACACAAUGGACAAAGAGGGCAAAGGUCCCUAGCACUGAGGUCCUCCCGAUGCGUAUCGGUCUCAAGCAGUCCAACUUGGAGGCCGGCCGUGAAAAACUUUAUGACAUCUCGACGCCUGGCUCUCCUAAUUAUGGCAAGCACAUGACGCCUGAAGAGGUCAUAGAGUUCUUCUCGCCCGCACAAUCCACUGUUGAUGCCAUUAAAGAGUGGUUAGUCGCUUCUGGGAUUGCUCCCGAGCGUAUCGGGCACUCUGUCAACAAACAAUGGAUUCAAUUCGACGCUACGGUUGGCGAGGUCGAAGAGCUCAUGUUCGCUGAGUUCCACAUCUGGCAGCAUAAGUCCGGCAGUCAUGACAUCUCCACCGAAGAGUACCAUGUCCCACACCAUAUCUCGGAGCACAUUGACUACGUGACUCCGGGUGUCAGGCUGCGUACGAGGAGGGCGCAAGCGACACACAACGUCCAGAAGCGCCGUGUUGCCGACAAGAACCGCGUGAAGCCCUUUGUCACGCAGCUGCCAGCCUUCCCCCACCCCAUUCAACCACCUUACAACAUCCCUAAGGGCAACUCCGCCAUGCCCGGCAAUAAGCUGGGCAUCUUUGAGAGUCUGGACGUCCAUUACAGCAGGAAAGACCUAGACAUCUACUUCAGUACCCUCUACCCCAGCAUCCCCAACGGCACCUAUCCAGAGGAGCGCCUCAUUAACGGGGCGAUUGGCGCCAUUGAAGACACCUCGGAAUAUGUCCCCAUCGAUCUAGAGGCCCCACUGGACUUUGACUCUGCCUGGCCCCUGAUCUACCCGCAGGGCCUUGUCCUCUUUCAAGAAGACGACGAGUACUACGAAUCCCACGGCAACUUCAGCGGCUUCUGGCACACCUUCCUCGACGCCAUCGACGGCAGCUACUGCACCUACUCGGCCUACGGAGAGAAAGGCGACUGUACCGCACCCGAGUGUAACGACCCCGUGUACCCGAACCCGGCUCCUGGUGGCUACAAGGGCCAGCUGCAGUGCGGUGUAUACAAGCCUACGAAUGUCAUCAGCAUUAGUUAUGGUGGGAGUGAAGCGGGCUGGCCCGACUACUACAUGAAGCGGCAGUGCGACGAGUGGAUGAAGCUUGGUCUGCAGGGCACGACGGUUGUCAUGUCUAGCGGCGACAGCGGUGUGGGACCGGAUACCUGCUACGGCCCCGAGGGGAAAAUCUUCGACCCGGACUCCGCAUCGAGCUGCCCAUACGUCUUGUCCGUCGGCAGUACCGAGUGGGAUCGCUUUGAUACUAGUAAGCCUCCUGCGCCGUACGAGAAGUUGAACGAGGUGGCGACGGCACGGUUCCCCAGCGGUGGCGGCUUCUCCAACGUCUUCGGCAUGCCCAGCUAUCAGAAGAGCGCCGUCAAGAAGUAUUUCGACCAGGUGGAGAAGAGCCUUUCGUUUUCGGGUUAUAAUCACUUCGUUAAAGAUGGAGAUUUUUCGCACAUUAAGGACGGCGUCUACCACAACGGUGGCCGGGGGUAUCCCGAUGUUGCGGCCGUCGGUGAUAGGCAGGUGGUGUAUUCCAACGGCUCAUGGUGGCUUGUUGGUGGCACCAGUCUGUCCGCACCCGUCUUUGGCGCUGCCUUGACCCUGAUCAAUGAGGCACGUCUUGAGGCCGGAAAGAGCCCUUAG